AUGUCCUCAGACAGAGAAGGAUCAGAGUCAGACUCCACUUCAGCUCACAGUGUUACUAUGCCGUCGCGGCAAAGUCCUCUGUAUGAAAACUACAGCGUCUAUUCUCCCCGCGGUGCCUUAAUGUUUCGUUGUUCACGGAAGAAAGUAGAAUGGUACCUCAAUCGAAAGCUUGCGAUAUCCUUGAAUGAAUCACGCACAGUCAUACAGUUGACGUUUGAGCCCAAAGGAAACGGGAGAGUCGGCGAAGGGGAGGAAUAUUAUCUAGAAGACCGAGAAAACAUUUGCGUCGGAUGUGGAGGGCAAGUGCGGUUGACGUCGCAUCAUAUUGUACCUUUUCAAUAUAGAAAGUUCAUGCCACUUGAAAUAAAAUCGCAUGCUUCGCACGAUAUUGUCCUUCUCUGCAACCGCUGCCAUGAUGCAUACGAAAGCAAGGCUCUGAGUGUAAAGAAGGAAUAUGCAAAGAAAUACGAUAUCCCACUCGAAGGACGUGGAUACAUCCCUCAUCCACAACACCGGCGGUUGCACGCAGCUGCCAAAGCACUUUUACUCAAAGAUAACAAAAUACCCGCAUGGAGAUUGAAAGAAUUGGAAAGCCAGAUUCGUGAAUUCUUUGGGGUCGACGGGAGUAUUGAUGAUGAGGUUCUCAAACAAGCGCUGGGGCUCCCUUUACUGAGCAGAUCGGAUGACUUUGAAGAGCAUGGGGAGGUUGUUGUCCGAAAAAUGUCCGAAAACGAGCUGGAAGAGUUUAUACGGAUGUGGAGGAAACAUUUUGUGGAACACGUCAAGCCCCAAUCUUUGAGUGCAAUGUGGCGAGUAGAAGAUCCCGUAAGAAAUCGAGCAUCUGCGACGGUAACGUUAGUGUCGACAAUGACGUAG